GUGCCGAGAGAGCCACCGUACCGCCUCACACUGGAGCAGGGAUACAGGCACUCAUAACGCGAUUAUGUCUGGAUUUUCGCCGUGUUUGUCAAAAACACGGAGCUGUUUUUUCCACCGUGGCACCGUGUACAGGUUUAUAUAUUAGGGAAUGCUGUUAUGUUAUUCUACGGGUAGCUGGUAACAUAGCAGGCCUGUCUAUUGCGCUGCCAACCCUUGUUUCCUUUCCUGUGUCAAUGAUUGUCCUCCCCUCACUCUCAUGGCGGAGACUAAAAUAAUAUAUCACAUAGACGAGGAGGAGACUCCUUAUCUGGUCAAACUCUCCGUUUCUCCGGACAAAGUCACAUUAGCGGAUUUUAAAAAUGUCCUCAACAAUCGACCGGUCAAUAGCUACAAAUUCUUCUUCAAAUCGAUGGACCAGGAUUUUGGGGUUGUCAAAGAAGAGAUUUCCGAUGACAACGCCAAGCUGCCCUGCUUCAACGGGAGAGUAGUUUCCUGGCUGGUGCUGGCAGAGAGUGCCCACUCUGAUGGAGGGUCUCAGUGCACAGAGAGCCAUCCAGAGCUGCCCCCUCCUCUGGAGAGGACAGGGGGCAUCGGAGACUCACGGCCCCCCUCCUUCCAUGCCAACGCGGUGAGCAGUCGAGACGGCCUGGACACCGAGACGGGAACAGAGUCUCUCCUGAGCCACCGCAGAGAGAGAGAGAGGGAGCGCGCUCGCAGGAGAGCGAGAGAGACUGAGCUCCCUCGAAUCAACGGUCACUCGAAAUCAGAGCGCACUGCGAGGGACUCGGCCAUGGGUUACGACAGCGCCUCAGUAAUGAGCAGCGAGCUGGAGUCCAGCUCAUUCGUGGACAGUGAGGAAGACGAAGAUGCCAGCAGGCUCAGUAGCUCCACAGAACAGAGUUCUUCUUCACAGCUGAUGCGCAGACACAAGCGCCGCCGUCGAAGACACAAAGUGGCCAAAAUAGAUCGGUCUUCGUCCUUCAGCAGUAUCACAGACUCCACUAUGAGCCUCAACAUCAUCACCGUGACGCUCAACAUGGAGAAAUACAACUUCUUAGGUAUCAGUAUUGUCGGUCAGAGUAAUGACCGGGGAGACGGCGGCAUCUACAUCGGCUCCAUCAUGAAAGGAGGCGCUGUGGCUGCUGACGGGAGAAUAGAGCCUGGAGACAUGCUACUCCAGGUGAAUGACGUAAACUUCGAGAACAUGAGCAAUGACGACGCGGUGAGGAUCCUCAGAGAGAUUGUUUCCAAAACUGGUCCUAUUAGUCUUACUGUUGCCAAAUGUUGGGACCCGUCUCCACGAAGCUACUUCACCAUCCCUCGUGCGGAGCCUGUUAGACCCAUUGACCCAGCAGCCUGGAUCUCACACACCACGGCUCUGACAGGACCGUACCCUCACUAUGGUAAAAACAACCAACCACCACCUACAUCACACUCUAUGAAGCAUCCAUUUUGUGAGUUCGAUGACUUGCCUUUAUCUGCAAGUAAAACAGACAUGGCAACCAUCGUCAAGGUGAUGCAGCUGCCUGACUCCGGGCUGGAGAUUCGAGACAGGAUGUGGUUGAAGAUCACCAUCGCCAAUGCAGUCAUUGGUGCCGACGUGGUGGACUGGCUUUACUCCAGAGUAGAAGGAUUUAAGGACCGGCGGGAUGCGAGGAAGUACGCGAGCAGUCUGCUGAAACAUGGCUACCUGAGACACACGGUCAACAAGAUCACCUUCUCCGAGCAGUGCUACUAUACCUUCGGCGACGUCUGCCAAAACAUGGCGUCACUCAAUUUAAACGAGGCAUCGAGCGGCGGAGGCUCUGAGCAGGACACACUGGCACCGCUACCCCCCACAACCAACCCCUGGCCCCUGGGCGGGCAGCCAUUCCCCUACCCUCUCUUUCCCUCCGCACCCCCCAGCUUCCCACCAGGAUACUCGGACCCAUGCCACAGUUUCCAAAGUGGGAGCGCAGGCAGCCAGCCCAGCGAGGGAAGCCGAAGCAGUGGAUCCAACCCCAGCGCAGGCAAAAGUAGACGCUCCUCCCCACAGGAAAAGGGUCAACGGUCAACAUGCAGUGAGUCAGAGCCCCGCGUCCGUGGAGGGAGGCGCGGUGAUCGGUCCGCCAGCCAAACGAGCCAUCACAGCCACGCAGUCUCCAGUCACAGCCACGCCGUCUCCAGUCACAGCCACGCCGUCUCCAGUCACAGCCACGCCGUCUCCAGUCACAGCCACGCCGUCUCCAAUCACAGCCACGCCGUCUCCAGUCACAGCCACGCCGUGUCCAGUCACAGCCACGCCGUCUCCAGUCACAGCCACACCCGCUCCAGCCUCAGUCACACUCAGUCACACAGGAGUCAGCCUCACUCUCAGAACAGCCACCCCUCCUUCACCUACAGCCACGCCCCCUUCACACUGCCAGGGCCCGGCUCGUGUGCCCACAGCGAGCGAAGCCACGCCUCCUCCUACGGGCCUCCAGGCUUGCCCCCCACUUAUUGUUUGACCCGUCUGGCCCCCAAAACCUCCGUCAGCAGCAGCACGCCCCCCGGAGCCCCUCCUGGGAGAGAGUUAGCAGCCGUUCCUCCUGAGCUCACCGCCAGCCGCCAGUCCUUCCAGCAUGCUAUGGGCAAUCCCUGUGAGUUCUUUGUUGACAUCAUGUGACAGGACAGUGCCUUCAAAACUGCUCGAGCACAACAAACAAUUCUCCUCGAACCCCACUCUGCCCCUUCGCUCUUUUUCCUCUCAAUCCUUUGCCUCUCCAAGUUCAGAAUGUAGACACUGACAGGCCCUCUUCCUUCCCCCCCAAUAUCUGUCUAUCCGUCUGAUGUCCAAGUAAACAGGCAGCGAGAACACAACAGGGGGAAGGCUUCUCACUCACACAAGCACGGGUCCUCUGUGGCUGAAAACCCUUUUGUAUUGACGUGACGUGUACAGUUUGUGAAACGUGAGUGGUAUUCAGUGUGGUGAUUCUUUAACGCUGCCACGUAGACAUUUUGGGGAGUGUUUACUCUACCUGGAAUAUUUUCUGUCCUGCAAGACCUUUUAGCUGGCUGGGCCUGGAUCUCAAUCCCCCAGACCCAGGCCGACACCUACAGCCUGCCCUUAGGAACAUUUCUCGGGUACUAGAACUUGAGAUUGAUCCCCUGACUCAUAUCUGUGCGUACAGAUCAAAUUCCGCACGUUACACCAAACCUCUGGCCCCAUUUCCUUUGUACUGUGGCAUUACCACAAGAUGACUUAAAGGUGGGGUAGGUAAUUUUGGAGAAACUAGCUCGAGUGCGCUAGAAUUUGAAAAUACACAGCCGGAAAGAAUCUGCCACUUCCUCACAGAGCCCCUCCUCCAACACACACGAACGCGCACUUGACCAAUGAGGGCACGAGAUAAGUUUGUGCUCAGAUGGAAGGCUGACAGGCAGGUAGGCCAUCCAGUUAUUUUAGCCGAGCCUGCUAAAAUGAUUGGUCGUGCUUUUUACAGCGCUACGGCUUCCACAGAUGACAUUUCUCUAUGGAUUUUUUGUCAAAGCACUUCAGAUAUUCAUUGCUAUCGGGAUGUUAAGAGCAUUCCAUGGAAUAUAACAAAAAGUGUAUCUCGAGCCGGUUUCUCAAACUUACCUACCCCACCUUUAAGCUCUUACCUGCCAACUACUAAAAAAGCUUGAUUAGUUCAAGAUCCGUCGAUUUCUUCAAUUUCGUAAGGGAGCCCUGUAGCCAGCCGUUAGUUUAACUAGGCUGCAUAUUGCAUGACUGUCUCAACUGCUUUAAAGAAACUAAAUUUUAUGAAUACAUUUUGUUUAAAGUAUUACCAUUAUUGAGGGAGGGGUUUACCUCUUGCCAAUGUUCUAAAGGAAGAAUCCGUACACUGGAUGAUUUUAGUGAUGUUAUUUAUGUUGCAUUGAUGGUGUCGUACAUUGUCUACUAAGGUUGACUGACAGACAAUCAGACAUCACCCCUUGUGAAUCAGUGGCCAGUUUCUACUGUCCUAGCUGUGCUUUGUUGAAUGUAUCAUUAUUCCUGUCAGUGAUUAAACCCAGACAUUCUUAACACUUUGGUUUAAACUCAUAUAAGUAAGUUAAUCAACUUAAAACAGGAUUGCAAACAGUGGAGACCACAGCAAACUCAAAGUGUUGACAUGAGAUAAACCAAUCUGCUGAAAGCAUCAUGGUUGUCUCCUUUGUAGCGAGUGUUAGCUUUGAUAAAAGUCAGUGUGAUUAACGCCAAAGCAUCACAAGUUGUGGUGGAUAUUUCUUCAUUUUGUACGAGCUGUCUAUGACGUCUUUAUGAUUAUUAUCUGGCGCUUCUCAUUUAAGAGUUCAAAGGGACUUCUAGGGGAAUCCUGGCCUUUAAACUCUGAUCUCCUUGCAAAACGAUGGCAAAUCCCUCUUGUUUCUACCUAAAAUAUAGUUACAAGAUGGAAAUAACACACAGUUUAAUGAGCACUUUUCCAUUUGUCUCUCCUUCCCCUUGGUAUGAAACACUGUUUGCAAUCAAAGCUUUCUCUGUAAUUGUGUUUCUUUACAAAAGAAGAAUAAAUUGUACAUAGAAAUUUAUUAUAUAUAUGAAUAAAAUAUAUAUGUUCAAAAUGA